AUGGCCGAUAAGUUCGUAACGACACAUGCCGGAGCCAAGAAGGCCAAAACAAUGGUAAAUGACAUAUUCGCCAUCAAGCAGUCCAUGGGAGAAGGACUGAGGGAUUUCCUCACCCAAUUAAAUAGGGUAAGGAUGAAUCUGCCGAAAGUGUCCGAGGGGAUAGCGGUCGUGGCCUUUCAGAACGGGUUAAGUAGAGAUAGUUCGAGAGCAACAAGAAAACUGUUGAGUCGAUUGAUAAAAUAUCCCCCAACCACUUGGGACAGGAUCCACAAUGCUUACUGUGCUGAAGUCCAAGAAGAUGAGGACGGCCCCAACGACCAACCUAUCGUCUCAUCUCAGUACAAGCCGGGUACAGAAAAGAAUGAAGAGACAAUAUCAGUAAGGAUCACCCGGUCUCACCACCCAACAGGGAACGAAACCAACAAUAUGUCAGGGGCCACGCCCCCCUUCCCUACGCUACGAAGAAGGCCUAUCCAUGUCGAGGACAUGGAUUCACUGGAACGAGAGAGGAUGCCCCCUUUAUUAUUUGCUCACAAUUUUUGCGUAUCACCUAUAGAAAUAGUCUGUGCUCUGGAGAAACUCGAAACGAAGGUAAAGUGGCCGCCAAAGAUGAGGUCCGAUCCGAGCACCAGAAAAUCCGACGUCUUAUGCGAGUUCCACCAGGAACGUGGGCACAAAAUAGAAGAUUACAUCACCCUCAGGCAAGAAGUUGUGAACAUGUUGUGGAAGGGACACCUCAAAGAGCUGUUAAGCGACAAGGGGAGAAAAAACUUCGCUAGAGGACAUGAAAACCAAGGUUCGGCGAUGCCGCCAUCACCAGCUCGUACUAUCAACACGAUCAUCGGCGGCAGCGAUGACGCCUCUAUCAACGGUAUUAAAUUCACCACCACUCACAAGCGAUCUAUCACCCGUGAACGGUACGACAGACUCGAAGAAAGUAUCAUCUUCGACGAGUCAGAUGCUGACGGUUUGACUUACCCUCAUAAUGAUGCCCUUGUCAUUACUUUGCGCACUUUAGAUACUGAUGUCAAACACAUCAUGGUGGACGAUGGAAGUGGAGCAUGUAUUAUCCAUCCCCGAUUCCUCACCCAAAUUAGACUCAAGGACAAGAUAGUGCCGCGCUACAUCACGCUUAUCGAUUUUAAUAAUGCAGUUGAGCGGACAUCGGGAGAAAUUACACUCCCCGUAUUGGCUGGCGGCAUGACGCUGGAGACGACAUUACACAUCAUGGACCAGGCCACCACGUACAACGCCAUAGUAGGACGACCAUGGAUACAUCCCAUAAGAGCUAUCCCCUCCAGCCUAUACUAA